CUAUUAACCAUUAUCAUUGUUUUCAACUUUUAAAUCAUUCAUAUAAAACUUGAAAAGAAAAUGAGAGAGGUUUGCUGCUCCAUUGUUUCUGCGGUAGUGUUCCGACUACUCUUUGUGUUCUUCAUCUUUGAGUUUGGAGUUGUAGGGGCUACACUUGGAGCAAUUGCAGGAGCAGUGAUAGGAUGGAGUAAUAAGAGGAAUUUGAUGAAAGGCAUAACUAUAGGGGCAGUAUCUGGGACAGCUUUGUCAUACAAGCUCAUUAAAGCCAUCUCUGAUUACUUUCAUUCUGAUGAUGCUGAUGAACCUGUUUUCAUUGUUCAUCUGGUGAGUCAUUUAGACCAGGUUAAGCUCAUAGUAGGAGACCUGAAGAAAAUACAUAAUUAUGAUGAGCAUAAAAUCAAGCAGGCACCCUUUCGCAAAGCUUAUUGAUCAUUGGUAGAUCCAUCAUGUCCUUAAAACAUUGUCAAUAGUCAUGCGGGCAGAUUUUUUUUUUUUUUUUUUUUUUGGAUUAUGCAGUACAUAGCCCUUUUAUCAUUGUCGAAAACAGAAGUUCAGCUGGAGAUUGUGUAUCAGAAUACCAAUAAAAAGAAAAAUAUCAGUUCGUUUGUGUAUUGUUUACCAUUUGCUAGCUGCCUAGCUUACAUACUGUUAUUGAUGGUUUAGAUUUCUAAAUCUCCUAUAUCAACAUCGACUUUUGUUGAUGGUUUAGAUUUCUAAAUCUCCUAUGUAAACAUCGAGCAUCAUAUUAUAUGUAUUAUAUUGGAUCA